CCACAUCUCUGCAACCACAUCCUGGUAUUGGACUGCUUGCACAUGCGUGCUAACCAUAAGGGCUAUGAUAUACCAACCCAAAAUAUAGAUGUUGAAAUGGCCACUAAAGAGCAAAACAAAGAGCUCACUAUUGACGAUCUGAAGAUAGAAAUGAAACUAACUGAUGAGCAGCUCAAUACAGCAAUAAAGGAACCAGAUCUACCUGAAGUGUCAGCAUGUUUUGAUAACACUGAUGACUAUCUUGAAAAGCUGGAGCUGUCACCUGGGCAGAAAACUGACGUAAGCGAAGUGAAGGCUAAAACACGUCUAAAUCGCACUCAAGCCGGAAUGAAACUUGCCCUAGAAUAUUGGCUGAACAAGAACCAACUACAAGCCACCUUCCAAGCGCUGCUACUCAUCUUACUCUCCCUGCUCAAAGGAGACGUUGCUGUGCGAGUGUGCGAGUACUUGUCUGACAAAUACACCACUUCGUGUCCCCCUUCCCGAGAGAAGAUCCUGCUGAACCCCAAGCUGUCCUUGUACAGGGACUACCUACGAAGUCGCUACAUAGCACAACUAUCCACAUCAGCCACACAAUGGCCUCCCGUCGCAACAAACAAAGUCUUCAAACUGGCCAUGAUUCAGAAGGAAAAAAUACAGAGAGGAAGAAUUGAUGAAGAGUUUGUUAGCCUAACAAUAACAGGAAAAAUCGAUGAUAUUUUACAUAAGAAGACACCAAUUGACUUGAUGAACAUUUUCUCUGACAUUGGAGAUGCAAGAAAGUUUGUGUUGAUUGAAGGAGCUCCUGGGUCUGGCAAGAGCACCCUUGCUCUACACAUCUGUCAAAAGUGGGCCGAGGGAAAACUGUUUCAAGAGUUCGAUAUUAUAGUCCUUGUGAGACUGAGAGAUCCACUCAUUAUAAAAGCCAAGACAAUUGCUGAAUUACUUCCCUGCAUUGAUAGGAACAUGGCUAAUGACAUAGAGGCUAUAAUUAUAUCGCUGUACGGCAAAGGUGUACUGUGGGUGCUGGACGGAUGGGACGAGCUUCCUUCUGACCUCCCUAGAGAUUCAAUCAGCAACAAACUAAUUCGACCACACAUGUCACAAACAGAAGUACUACACGAAUCCACCUUGAUUGUAACAUCUCGACCGUCAUCUUCGGCUGGACUCCACCCACUAGUAUCGUCCAGGGUGGAGGUAUUAGGAUUCACUCCACAUCAACUAGAGCAGUAUUUCACCGAGUGUCUGAAAGGUGACUCACAAGCUGUUCAGACUCUACUGGAGAGAAUUCGAGAGAACCCAGUAGUAGAAGGUAGCUGCUACCUCCCCCUCAAUGCUUCCAUUGUCGUUAAUUGCUUCCUUUCCGACAACCACUCCCUCCCCACAUCCAACCACGGGAUAUUCACAUCAGUUGUCCAAAGCUCUCUCAAGAGAUACCUCCAGGAUAGAUUGGGGAAGACCACUCCAGUGGGAGACAUCACAUCUCCAGACUCUCUGCCCUCGGAAAUCAGAACACAGUCCGUACAAAUGUGUCAACUUGCAUAUCAUGGGAUCAAGAAAAAUAAAGUAACAUUUAGCGACGAAGACUUUUUUAAUCUUUCCAUUCCAAAAGAUAUUUCAAACAUUGGAUUAUUACAAACUGUUCCCAGUAUCUUUAGAAAUGGUCGUCUGGUUUACUACUGCUUUCUCCAUCUGGCUGUUCAAGAGCUACUAGCAGCAGUCCACAUCUCUCUCAUGUCUCCAAAGCAACAAAUUUCUGUCUUCCAGAAUCUGUUUGGUAACCCUCGAUUCAGUGCAGUCUUUCAGUUUUAUGCUGGUAUCACCAAACUGAGAACUAGUAGACCAAUCCUCAGCAAGUUACCUCGAUUCUUGUGUCCAGUUCCAGCGACUGUUUUUGAUCUGGUCCGAAACGUUGUCAAGAGUGAAAAAGAGAAGAAGUAUAAUGAGCCAAAAACCCUCUUGUUGUCUCUCAUCAAUUGUUUGUACGAAGCUGAAGACUUAUCACUGUGUACAUUUGUUGGUAAUCUCCUUCACCAUGAGCUAAAUCUUUGUGGAACUGCAAUGAAUCCUAUCGAUUGUCUCUCCGUUGGUUAUUUUUCAUCAAUUUGUACCAACAGCAAUGUACUAAAACUGGGCCUUGGUAGUUGCUCCAUUGAUGACCAGGGCUGUAAAUUUCUGGCACGAGGAUUCUCCAAGUGUCCCCACACUCACUCCAAGAUUAAUCUUUACCUUUUUAAUAAUAGUAUUCACGAAGAAGGAAUACAUCACAUCGCUGAGGUGCUUGAGAACACUACUUUGAUAUCUGAAUUAGAUUUACUUGGUAAUCCCAUUGGAAACUAUGGACUUAGCACACUCUGUGAGGCCUUGUUAGCUAACACCUCAUUAAAGAUUCUCAAUCUCUCUAACUGCUCACUAUUUCUCAGCGAUCACGGAGCAAUCCCUCGACUACUGAGCACAAACUCUGCGCUUGAGGUUCUCAUUUUGUUACGCAAUCCUGUUGGUAACAUAGAGUUGAAGAAUCUCUGUGAAGCCUUGUCAACUAACACAUCAUUAAAUAGCCUGAACUUGAAUCAUUGUUCACUAACAAUAUCAGACGACAAUGGAGCUGCCCUCUAUCAACUUCUGAAAAAAAACAAUGUUCUAAAACACAUUUCUUUGACUGGUAAUACAGUGAAUAGCUGUCGUCACAUUGCUGCUGGACUUGCAGUCAAUGAAACUCUGAGAACAUUGAAGAUAAAUGAAUGUAGGCUGACUGAUGAGAGUAUCGAGGAGCUAUCAACUGGACUUAUCAACAAUAUUGAAAUACUGUACAUUUGGGGUAACAACUCAAUAACAGAAGAGGGAAUGAAGACACUUGCUAGACAUCUAGCCACCCACUGCUCUGAACUGAAAAAAGUGUUCAUAUCCAACAACCUAAGUUUCUGUAUCAAGACAAUAUUCAGGGAGGCUAACAAGGAGAGGAAAAGAAGUGGACUAACUGGGAUUAAUGUAGCUUUUGUUUGAUUUACAAAAAGCACUUAGCUUCUUAUUUAUAAUUACUCUUCUUUAUGUACUUGACCUUGCAGACUGAUUUAGUUUUGUUUAUAGCCAGUGUCACUGUGGUUGCAAAAUUGAUUUUACAACUCAAUGAAUUCGAAGGAAA